AUGAAUAUCAAUAUUACCACCACGAGACCGAUUCUGUUCCUUCCAGGUUCGAUCACAGUUCGUCCUUACUGUUUGAGCGACGCUGAGAAGAUUGCACAUCAUGCAAACAACACCAAAAUAUAUCGGAACCUCGAACGUCUUCCACAUCCAUAUACUCUCGAGCGCUCACAAGAAUGGAUAGCAUACUGUACCGACCCCAAGAACUUCCUGCCGCAAUCACAUCCAUCCUCUCCGCCGGACAUGAGCAGCGAAAGGGCAUCACUAGGUGACUAUGUGCCGAAAGACUACGUUGUUUGCUUCGAGGAUCAACCGAUUGGCUCUUGUGGCCUCGAACUUGACAGCAAGAACCCUCAUACUGUAUCUUUGGGUUACUGGCUGGGUGAGUCUUUUUGGGGGCAAGGCAUUGGUACUCUGGUCGCUACGGCCUUUACAGAAUGGACAUUCAAGAAUUUCCCAUGGAUAAUGCGUAUACAAGCAGAUGCAUACAGCUGGAAUGGGGCAAGUCAGAAAGUGUUGAGGAAGGCUGGUUUUGCCUAUGAAGAAUUAGAGAGGGGUUCGAUCCUUAAUGAGGCAAAAUUCCUCCUGGGAGACGCGUUGGGAAACAUGGCGGACAGCAUUAGUAGCCUGAAAUCGGCAGGCGCCCCUGGCACUCCGUCCGACAAAGAGGUCAGGAUAUUCGACGAACCAGAACAUAUUGAGCAUCCUGGCUAUGCGUACGACGAACGUUCUCCAUCAUCUGUUGCACAGUCUUCCAAGAUCCAUCGAGCAACCAUGUCGGGCAGGAAGUUGACAGGACGUAGUGAACGCCCCCCGUUAAAAUCCGCCCCUUCAGGUCCCUCGACACCAGGUUUGACGAACCAAAUGUCGACCCUUGCUCUCGACAGUCCGAGUCUUGCCGCCAAGACUGCACCGGAGGAUAAUGAUGACCAAGCGCUGCUUGAUCAGGUCAUGCAAUGGUUGCAGAAUGAGAAAAGCAGGCGAUCACAAGUGUCCAACGGAGACCACGACGCCGACCUCAAAACCUCACGAAAUGGAGAUACGCAACCUGAUGCGGAUCAGUCUCUAGACCAACUUGAAGCAAUUUUGACAAAAUUCGGAGAUGGGUCUGCAAAGUCAAAAUUACGCCGUAUGACGGGCAGUCUAGCAAAUAGACGUGGCUCCUUGGGUAAGGUGUUACUGAAGACGCAGCGAAGUUAUGGUCCUUCGGACACGGAUGGUGGUGAUGCUAUCGCUGAAGUACCUCAUAUCGAGUCCCUGCUUGACAACACUAAAACGCUCUCCUUCGCUGGUGGGGCGGCUGAUACGUCGGCCGAGGACGACGACAAGACUAAAGAGCAGAAGCAUUGGGAGGUCUUCAAGCAGGAUAUUUUGCGUUUGACCCACACGCUUGGCCUACGGGGCUGGCGCAGACUACCCAUCGAGUAUGCUAAGACUAUGCAUGUUGAGCGCUUGAGUGGUGCCCUAACCAAUGCUGUUUACGUCGUGAAACCACCAAAAGACUAUACCUUGAUGCAAAGACGUGAUGAACAGGGUAAUCUCGUCCCUGUUAAGAGACUCCCAAAGCACCUUUUGCUCAGAAUUUAUGGCCCUUCAACUGAUCAUCUUAUUGAUCGUCAGAACGAGCUUCUAAUUCUCCGUCGUCUCGCUGCCAAAAAUAUUGGCCCAAAGCUCUUGGGUUACUUCGAGAAUGGUCGAUUCGAGGAGUUUCUCCACGCCAAGACUCUGACCAUGGAAGAUAUCAAAGAUCCGGCCAUAUCUAAACAAAUCGCAAAACGUAUGAAGGAGCUGCACGAGGGUAUCGACUUGCUAGAGUCUGAAAGAGAAGGUGGUGCAUUUACUUUUGCCAGUUGGGACAAGUGGGUCGAUCGCGUAGAGCAAGUCAUGACUUACCUAGACAAGCUGGUUGAAGACGAGGCAAAGGGAAAGCGUGCUCCCAAGGCUCGAUAUACACGUCGUGGCCAUGUUGUUGGUACAGAGUGGAAAAAAUUCCGUGAAGCGUAUGAAAAGUAUCGGAGUCGACUCAUCCAAGAAAGUGGAGGAGAGAAUGGCAUACGCAAACGCUUGGUAUUCGCCCACAAUGACACACAGUACGGCAAUCUCAUGAAACUUAAGCCAGAGGAAAAAUCUCCUCUCAUGGAACCAACCAAUUCACACAAACGGCUGGUUGUCAUUGACUUCGAGUAUGCCAACGCCGAUCCACGCGGAUACGAGUUCGCAAAUCAUUUCAACGAAUGGUGCUACAACUAUCACGACGCUGAGCGGCCCUAUGCGUGCAACACGAAAUGGUACCCGAACAAGGAGGAGCAGUACCGCUUUAUGCGUGCCUACGUUAUGCAUCGACCUCAGUUUACCCCUUCAGCAUCAUCAACACCAAACCUUGAGGCACGUGAGAAGACGAACGUUCCUGAAUUCAAGUUAGAUGCACGAGGGCCUUCAGGGUACUUCAGUGGAGGCUAUGAUGAAGAAGAGCGGAUCAGAGAGAAAGCGGAAGAGCAUGAAAUUCAACGGUUGUUGCAUGAGACGAGAAUGUGGCGUAUGGCUAGCUCAGCAUUCUGGGUAGCUUGGGGAAUUGUGCAAGCUCCGAUACCAGAACUAGAUGAGCCAGAAAGGAAAUCAGUCAAGGAGGCUGUCACUGAUGUCGCUGAUAAGCUGAAAUCUGUAUGGAAGGCUAAGUCAGACCCACUGGAUGAGGAGGUGCUAGAGAAGAAGGAGGAGUCGAAGCACGAUCGGCCUGAAGGACACGACAUAGAAGAAGCGCAUCGAGAGGGUGAUGGGACCUCGGAAAACGAGGAGGAAGAGUUUGAUUACCUGGCAUAUGCGCAAGAAAGAGCCAUGUUCUUUUGGGGUGAUUGUAUUCAGAUGGGGAUAGUGACGGAGGGUGAUCUGCCAGAAGAAAUGCGGUCCCACAUCAACAAACACUACUAUUUGUCAAUGCCAAGCAUCAACACUACCAUCAUGCCGCAGGCCACGUUUCCCACGUUUUCCCAAUCCUCUGCCGUGACCACAUCGCGUCGUUACAUACCAGACGACAACCAGCGUACUAUCGUGAUGCGUCCAGACGAGCAAAGGAAGAUAGCAAACUAUGGCAUUCUUUGUGGUCUGCGCUCAGAUGCAGCGUCGGACUCCAGUCGAUCCUCAUCAGCUAGACCUUCAUCACAAGAGCGAAAGUUGAUGGCUCUCAACUCUCACCCUACAAAUGGUGCGGUUCAACGACGACCACAGUCUCUAACGUUGCCUUUCGACAAUCGAGAGCGUGAAUCACACCUAGUCUCUGAAGAAGAAUUCGAUAGGAUCAUCAAGCAGGGCGAAUUGGAUAAUCCAUUGCCAUCACUUCCCACAGCCAUCGAGAGCAGUGCACCACGUAUUGGACUCCGAAGAUCAAUCUCGACAGCACGAAACACGAUGAUGUCUACCAAACCACGACCGAUGUCAGCAGACUUCAGUCGAUUGAUGGCAUCGCAAGGAUUCCAAGAUCGUCCUGGUCGAAACUCUUUCGCUGCUCCAAGUCGAGAUCCCACAUUGACUGCCUUACCUCGACCACCGACUAAGAACGAUCUUGCCUUAUAUCCGAACGAACCUCCUUCAGCUGCAAGCAGUGCAAAGACUCUUCGCCAACGAGCACUUACCACAGACACAGACACCCCUGCCCGACCGACUUCUUCCGCUGUAGAGUCAGCUGAUCGUCAAACUCGACACAAACGACAUCGCUCCGCUUUCAUUGUGACUGAGUCGAUCAAGAAACGACUCAAGCGAGGCGGAAGCAACGAUACCGAGACCACUAUUCUUCCUGGCCAAGCAGACAGCUCAGGUCUAAGCAAGCUCGCAAUGGCUAGCCCGACCACGUCCAUGCGGUCCCGAACCCCAUUCCAGAGCCAUCCUGCAGUACGACCAAUCCUGAACAACAGCAUGUUAGCAGACACUGCAGGACGAAAAUCUACCGACAUGGACAUGGACGUGGACACGGACGCUGAAGCAGAACCAGAAACCCUAUCCACCGUCCGCACACCUCCAGAAAGUCUCAAGAGAUCAGUCCUCAAACGUACCUGGUCCCGGGCAAAAUACCACGCCGCAAAGCUAUCCAUCUCCUCGCCAGCUGGCAAUAACCUUCUCGGCCAGAAAAUGCAAAUCUCACAACCAAUCGCAAUAAACAUUGAUCGCCCUCCCACAGCACAAUCCCACCACACAGCAGCCAGCGUGGCUUCGACCAUCGCACCCUCAAACACAAGCACAGGCACAUCUCACUACCACGCCUCCGCCGAACAAUCCCCCACGAAUCCCUCAUACGAAUACGUCACAGGCCCGGUCCCCAAGAAAACCGUCUUGACACGACUAGGCGCCCCACCGAGCAGGACCGAGCUAAACACCGUGGUGAGCAGGCAACAGAGUAGGAUCCAGGACUUGACGUUGCAGAAUAACGUGCUCGUGAAUCAGAUCAGUUUGCUGAGAGAAGAAGUGCAGGGGAUGAAAGUCAGCAGUAACCACAACGCGAGUGCAAGUGGGAACGCAAGUGCAGCAAGCAGCGAGAAAGAGAAUCACCGACCAAGCCUUAGUGACCGAACGUUGGGUAGAACAUCUAGACGACGAGGGGAAUAUACACCUGAGCACAAACACGCUGAUCACAGUGUGAACAUGGACAUGGACGUCGAGAUCAAUACCGACACACACGCUCGGCGAAGCAGCAACGGCACGGCAGCAAGCAGAAUUCGAAAAGACCCCAAUGGCUGGCGACAUAUCAUGGGCGUGCCGAUGGGGAACGAAAGUGAGAGCGCAUGGGAUCAAGAUGAUAAGCGGAAGACGUGGAUGACUUGUGAUUCGUGA